AUGAAUUCAAGAACUGCCAAAAUAUUAGAAAAUGCUAGAUCGACAGCUGUGAGAGAUUCUUUUGAUUUUGAAAAUAAAAAUGAGAAAAAUUCAGUUACCCAAAAUUUGGAGCUAAUCGGUAUGGAAACUGUGAAUAAAAAUGAAGUGUUCAGUUUUGAAGUUACAGAAGACGUUCCUACUACAAUAGUGAGCGAUUUUGUAUCCCUAAAUAACGUUGCAAUCAUUUAUGAUGAAUCUUUAAAUAAUAUGAGUUGUGACAAUAAAGAAAAAACUGAUCUUGAACAUUCAAUAUCCAUGAUUUCUGAGGAGAAUGUUAUAAGAUGUGAAUUAAAUGUUGAAUCCAAUACUAGCAUAACAUUAAGAGAACAGGAAGUUAAACAAGGAGAGAAUGCAGUCCUAUUAAGAGAAACCACUCCAGAUGAAGUCCGCCAUAACGACUCUGAAAAUGAGGUGAUGGAAGAGCAAGAAGAAAUUAAACCAAAAACAAAGAGAAAAAGAAUUGCUCAACCAGAUACCUGGGAUAAAAAUGUAAAUAAACAUUUAAGAAUGAGCGGAAGGGGAUAUACAGGGUACAGAAGAUCAGAAGGCAAGAUCAAACAUGACAUAGUUCGCCCUGAACGUAAAAUUAAGCCUACAUGCGUCUCCAAAUUUUGUGCCUUAGCAUCAACUCGUUUUUGUGCAAAUAUAUCGGAGCCUGAAAGAAACGAAAUUUUUAAGACAUUUUGGGAGAUGUCAUGGGAACAGAAAAGAAUGUUCUUUGCGCACAUGAUUACGUAUAGUGCAAAAAAAAGAAGUUACGUCGAAGGUUCAUCUAAACGUAGUGGAACUUAUAAGUACUUUCUUAUGGUUCAAGGGCAGAAGAUGCAAGUCUGCAAGUCUAUGUUCCUGAAUACCUUAGCAGUUGGUGAAAAAAUGAUACUUAAUUGGGUUAACUCCGCAAACAAUCACGGCAUUCUACAAGGCAGUGACAUAAGACGACAAACCUCUACACUAAAAAGAAAAGCUUCACAGGACAAACAGCGAGUAAAUAAUAUGAAAAACUUUCUUGAAAGUCUUCCAAAAUUAGAAAGUCAUUACUGUCGCAAAUCUACUGGAAAAUUUUACUUUGAGCAGAAUUUCAAAUGCAAAAGUGAAGUGUAUAAUCUUUACAAAGACCACUGUAAAAUGGAAGAGGAGGUUCCUUUGUCAAAUUGUAAAUUUUAUAAUGAAUUGGACAACAUGAAUUUAGCUUUAUUUAAACCCAGAAAGGAUCAAUGCGAUCUAUGCUCAUCUUACAAGGUAAAACAGAUUCCAGAAGAGGUGUACACUAAGCAUAUUAAAGCAAAAAAUGAAGCCCGCGACGAAAAGGACCUCGAUAAAAAAAGAGCACUUGCACAAGAAAUGUAUUGUUUCGCAGUCGAUGUCCAGGCUGUUAAAUUAUGUCCAGUUUUACAGGCAAGUUCCCUCUACUACAAGACCAAACUUCAAAUUCACAAUUUUACAGUCUAUAAUUUAAAGAGUCAUCGCAGUAUGAAUUAUGUUUGGAACGAAACAGAAGGCGACCUUGAUGCUUCUGUAUUUGCCUCUUGUUUAAUAAAAGCUUUAGAGGAACACUUAAAGAUUGAGAUGAAACCUAUUGUUAUAUUUUCUGAUGGUUGUGGCUACCAAAACAGAAAUGUUGUUCUAGCAAAUGCUCUGUCCUUUUUAGCUAGGUACCAAAUAUAA